AUGUGUUCGAAGCAGAUAGAGUAUAUUCAUGUUGUUUUUAAAUAUGGAGGGCAAUGGGUUCAAACUAGUGAGCAACAUAGAAAGAGGUAUGACGGUGGCAAACAAAGGAGUGUUAAAUUUGAGAAAGGUCAACUUACUAUUUUUGCGCUCAGAUGCGAGGUUCUUCGAAUAUGUCCAUGGCUUAAAGGGCACCCAUAUAAUAUGUAUUAUUAUAUAUAUGGUACAUCACCAAAGGAAUAUAAAGACAUAAUCUGUGACAUUCAUGUGGCUGAGUUCAUAGAAGCAUCCAAUGAUAAUUUGUGUGGUGAGAUAGUCAUUUCAGUACAUGAAGUUGAAGGACAAGAAUCAAUUUCUGAUAUUAGGGAAGUUAUGACUUCCGAGCAAAUAGUUGAAUGUUCUUUUAACGAAGGUAUUUCAAUUGCUCCAAGUUUAUCUUAUAAAGAUAUAGCUGUUGGCACCUUCUUUCCUGAUGCCAAACAUUUCAAGCAUGCUCUACGAUCGGUAGCCAUCAAGGAGAAUUUUGGAAUCAUGAUAAAGGCAAGUGACAAAACACGUGUGAUUGCUACAUGUUCUUAUGAAGGUUGCAAAUGGAGAAUUCGAGCUUCUCUGUGUGAAGACAUUCAAACUUUUGAAAUUAGGAGAGUUUAUGGUGUUCACACUUGUCCUGGGAUCAAUCGCGUUGGUAAUAAACUAGCCACAACUGCAUGGGUUGCCAAUGAAAUUGAAGAUAUAGUUAACAGAAAUAUUGACAUUCCUCCGAAAGACAUCAACAACAAUUUAGAGAAAGAUUAUGGUCUUUCUUUACCUUACAUGAAGCUGUGGAAGUCUAGGGAGCAUGCUCGUGACAAUAUAUUUGGGUCUAUAGAUGAAAAUUAUAAAUGGGUUCCAACAUUACAUGCAGAAUUGCUUAAUAGAAAUCCAGGUUCGCAUAUCACAUAUUCUUAUGAUAAGCUUGACCAUUCAUUUAGAAGAUUUUAUGUUUGCUUUAAGGUUUGUGAAGAUGGAUUCUUAUAUGGUUGUAGACCGCUAAUUAGUUUGGAUGCAUGUCUUUUAAAAUCAAAGCAUUUGGGUAUGCUUUUAUCAGCUACCUCACUUGAUGGUAAUAACGGUUUAUUCCCAUUAGCAUUCGUCGUCGUAGAGACUGAAUCCAAACAGACAUGGCUAUGGUUCCUGCAGAACUUGGCAGAGAGUGUUGGCCCACACAUAGAGCCUCUUUCAUUUAUCUCAGAUAUGGAGAAGGGUUUGGGUGAUGCUAUAAAAGAAAUUUACCCUGUUGUUGAGCAUAGAAUAUGCAUAUACCAUGCUACUAAUACAAGUAAUAGUGUCGAAUCAUUCAAUGCAUGGAUUGUAGAUGCUCGAACAAAGCCAGUUGUUGACUUAAUUGACACACUUCGUGGUAAACUUAUGGAGCAAAGGUCGGCGCGAAAGAUGAUGAGCAUAACAUGGCAACGUGAAUUAGUUCCUCACGCGGAAGAUCACAUAAGAGAAAUAACUACAAGAAAAGAGCAUAUGUUAGUUCUCCAGUCAACUAAUUCGAAGGCUGAAGUAGAAUCUGUGCAUUCAAGACAUAUUGUUGAUGUUGAAUCUAAAGAAUGUACAUGUCGAGUUUGGCAAUUAACAGGGCUUCCAUGCAUUCACGUUGUUGCCUUUAUUGGAAUGAAGGAGCAUCCACUAUGGCAUACAUAUGUUCAUGAUUUGUAUUUCGUUUAUAGGUACAUGAUGGCAUACGAGGGAGCUAUUGGUACAUUACCUGAUAAAGAUCAAUGGCAAAUAUUACUAUUCUGA